UCUCUCCUUCUCAGUCUUCUCACUCCUUUUCUACGUUUUUCAUGCUUCUUGGAUCUUGGAUUCUGUCGCUCGCCGGUUUGGUCGCGUGUUUCGGUUGAUCGGCGUGUAAUUUCUCGCGAUGGCGCAAAAUAAGUUCAACGAGAUGGCCUCGCGCUUCGGCAAGGGCACGGGCGUGCCCAUGGGCCUGAAGGCUCUCGCCGCCGUGGGCGUUACGGCGUACACCGCUUCCAAAGCCAUGUACACAGUGGACGCCGGCCACAGAGCGAUCAUAUUCUCUCGACUAGGAGGUAUUCAGAAGGAUAUAAUGACCGAGGGUCUGCAUUUUCGCAUCCCGUGGUUUCAGUAUCCGAUAAUAUAUGACAUUAGGAGCAGACCUAGGAAGAUAUCCUCGCCUACGGGAUCCAAAGAUUUACAAAUGGUCAAUAUCUCACUGCGUGUUCUCUCGCGUCCCGAAGCCAGCACAUUGCCUUCCAUGUACCGGCAACUCGGCCUCGACUAUGACGAAAAGGUACUGCCAAGCAUUUGUAAUGAGGUGCUGAAGUCGGUUGUUGCCAAGUUCAACGCCUCGCAACUGAUUACGCAAAGACAGCAGGUGUCUAACAUGGUGCGUAAGGAGCUAACGGAGCGCGCUCGGGACUUCAACAUCGUUCUGGAUGACGUCUCGAUAACGGAGCUCAGCUUCGGCAAGGAAUACACGGCCGCAGUCGAGGCUAAACAGGUGGCUCAACAGGAGGCUCAACGAGCCGCAUUCGUUGUGGAAAGGGCCAAGCAAGAACGACAACAAAAGAUCGUACAAGCUGAGGGAGAAGCGGAAGCAGCGAAAAUGCUUGGUCUAGCUGUCAGCCAGAAUCCUGGAUACUUGAAGCUACGUAAGAUACGAGCUGCGCAGAAUAUUUCGCGCACGAUUGCUGCUUCCCAGAAUAGAGUAUUCCUCAGUGGCAAUAGUCUGAUGCUAAACAUUCAAGAUCCCAACUUUGACGAGGGUUCGGACAAGCUGAAAAGUAAGAAGUAAAAACCGUCAAAGUGCGCGUCACCUUUUUUUUUUAUUUCUUCUGUCCAGUUGAGCUUUUAUCAAGUCCGAGAGGUGGCUCGGCUUAUGUAUAAUUAUGUUGAAAUACUGUGAAUAAGAGGCAUCAUGUGUUUUGAA